AUGAAUGAGGUGCAUUCAGGGGUUUGUGGCCCUCACAUGAACGGUUAUGUUCUAGCAAAAAAGAUUAUCCGGGCAGGGUACUAUUGGUUGACCAUGGAGCGAGAUUGCUUUCGAUUUGUAUGCAGGUGCCAUCAGUGCCAAAUUCAUAGCGACUUGAUUCACUCACCCCCUUUAGAGUUGCACCCUAUGUCUGCUCCGUGGCCUUUUGUGGCUUGGGGAUUGGACAUUAUUGGGCCGAUUGAGCCGAAAGCAUCUAAUGGGCAUCGGUUUAUUUUAGUUGCCAUCGACUACUUUACCAAAUGGGUGGAAGCUGUCACAUUCAAAUCAGUCACCAAGAAAGCAGUGGUGGACUUUGUUCAUUCAAACAUCAUAUGUCGUUUCGGCAUACCAAAAAUCAUUAUUACAGACAAUGCAGUGAAUCUCAAUAACCACUUGAUGAAGGAAGUUUGUGAGCAAUUUAAAAUUGUUCAUCGUCAUUCAACCCCUUAUCGACCCAAAGCAAAUGGGGCUGUUGAAGCGGCAAAUAAAAACAUCAAGAAGAUUCUUAGGAAAAUAGUGCAAGGAUCUAGACAGUGGCAUGAAAAACUACCAUUUGCUCUCUUGGGAUACCGCACGACUAUUCGUACGUCAAUCGGUGCAACUCCUUACUUAUUAGUUUACGGUACUGAGGCUGUCAUACCCGCAGAAGUUCAAAUCCCUUCUCUUCGAAUCAUUGUCGAGGCAGAAAUUGAGGACACGAAAUGGGUUAAAUCAAGGUUAGAACAAUUAGCACUGAUAGACGAAAAACGGUUGACAUCAAUUUGA